AUCCCAUACAGGACUGCUCAUAGAGUCACAGACUAUCCCAGCUGCUUCGACCCCAAACAUAGCUACCUUCAGUUUGAGCCCCAUGGCACCGGCGAACCUUGCUGCCGUGCUCGUCCUCGCCGUAGUCGUCUGCGCCUUAGCCGCCGCACCUGCUGCCGCAUACUACUCAGGUGGCGCGCCCGCGCAGGAGAGCUGCCAGACGCAAAUCGAGUACUUCACCAACUGCCUGGCCCAUGACGAGAUCCGCGAGCAGUGCUGUACCGUGGUGGAGAACGAGAAGUGCCUCUGCCAGCUGAAGCGGGAGGUGUCGGUGCCCUGCAGCCUGCACCGCCGCCACGAACGCAAAUGCGGCCCGAUCAAAGGGCCAGCCGCGCCGACUGUGAAGCUGGCCGAGCUGCAGCACCUCCCGUGCUUCAAGACACUCAAGUGCUGAAACGCCUAGCCGGUUCGUCUUGCGUUUCGAUCGCGCACGUAUGCUUGGUGUCUCAUUGUUCACUUGUUGUUGCUUCUGGUUUUUUCAUACCUUUUACUGUUGAUGUACUAGUGUACCAACUAGCCUUUUGUAGUGUCCAUGUGAGCUUUCUUUUUCGUUUUUCACCCCUCUACGUUAUAUAUAAGAAAGCAAUGUGGUUCUGGAACUCUUCUUACGGGGACAAACAGUAGCAGUGAUUUUAUCUUUUUUAUAAA